UCUCCAUGGAGAAAUCCACUGACAAGCCAAACAAGGAAAACAGAUCGUCAGCUCCUGGAGUACUGCAGGCUGAGGCAGACAGUCCAGCGCCCGUGGCAGGAGGUGCUGCAGAAAUGAGCAGAGCAGGAUCCGUAACACAAAACUCAACACAUGAGAAGAGAGUGGGAUUCACUGAAGAGUGUACUGAAGAAAUGGAGAGACCUUCAGGAACCGAGAGAGACAGUCCUGCUGCCUUUAAACCAGCAGUUUUGGAGCGAGACUCUCCAAACUCAAGGCCGCUCGCUGUGCUAACGGACACAAACUCUCCCGAAAUGAGCACGUUGGAACUGAACCACCAGUGCUCAGACACAGCCACCCUGGACAUGGACUGCAUGAUCUGCUUCAACAAGUACAGCAUCUACAGAGUCCCAAAGCUCCUGGACUGCCAGCACACCUUCUGCGCUGUCUGCCUCAAGCUGAUCCUCAGGAAAGAGGAGAACACCUGGACAAUCUCCUGCCCUCUCUGCAGAAAGCCCACCUUUGUGUCAGGAGGGCUCAUCCGCACACUCCAGAAUAAAGAAGACGUCCUGGAGCGCUUGGAGAACCUUGAUUCAAACCCUGAGGUUUACGUCUGUGCCAUGGGGCUGGAUGGCAACAGCUGGACUCAGAGCAGCCAAGACAUCUUGAACACAGAGGAAACCGGCCCAGCACACAGCAGCCUGGCUGUGCAGAGACUCCUGCUGCUCCUGCUGCUGGGGGUGAUCCUCGCCAUGCUCAUCCUCCCCUUUAUGUACUCAGGGAGGGUGAAGUGGGUAAUUUGUCUCCUGCUUACUUUGGGGUUGCUCAUGUCUAUGGUGCUUUGCUGCACUCCUAAAUUCCACUGCAGGUGCAAGAAGGACUCCCCUGCCUCCUGUGACAAGGAGAUCCAGGUUGUUACUGUUGCCUGAAACAAUUAAUGUGUCUGUUCCAGAGAUCAGGGACUGGGCCAAGGUGCAUGCUGGGCACACCACUCUGCAGGAUGUUAUCUGGAACAUCUGGGAGGUGAUGUCCUGCAAAACUCCACGGUUGUGGUUCCCACUCUGAAAACACGGACAUCUUUUCUUGGGACAGAGUGGGAAAUAAGGCUGCUAAAUCAGGGAGCGGGUGUUUGGAAGAGAGAUUUUUAACCCAGAUUAUCACCUCAAUCCCUGGCAGGGAUGGGAAAAGGGGAUGUCAGUUGAUGUCAUUUGAAGUUACACACAAAAUUGGAAAGGAAGAGGCAAAAUCAAUAUUCCUGAUCUUGGUUUGUGGCUUGCAAAGGGCAAGGCUCAAAAACCUCAUGACCCUCCAAAUUCCCCAUUUCCCACAUUAUUUAGCACUGAAAUAGUUCCUCUCACCUGUAUUCCUUUAUCUGGCAACCUGCAGGACCUCUUUUCUUGCCCCCUUUGCAUUGCCCUUGAAGACGCUCACAGAGGUAAACAGAAAUCUCUUGAC